UUUCAUCAAAUAAAUAAACACUUACAUUAGCUUCCCACUUAACAUUUCUCUAUACAUACAUCACUGAAUUAAUUAAUUAAGUAGUUGUUAUUACUAUUCACCAAAACAUGGCUUCAUUCUCUGUUGUGUUGUGUGUGUUAGGGUUAGUGAUUGUGGGUCACGUGGCCUAUGCUCAAGACUCACAACAAGACUACCUUGAUGCUCACGACGCAGCAAGAUCCGAGGUUGGUGUUCCAAACUUGUCUUGGGAUGACACCGUUGCAGCCUAUGCACAAAACUACGCCAAUCAGCGCAAAGGCGAUUGCCAAUUGGUUCAUUCCGGUGGCCAAUAUGGGGAGAACCUUGCAUGGAGCAGCGGUGACCUUUCCGGCACGGCUGCCGUGCAAUUGUGGGUGGACGAAAAGCAAUACUAUGACUACGAUUCCAACAGCUGUGCGAGUGGCCAAGUCUGCGGCCACUACACACAGGUGGUUUGGCGCAACUCGGUAAGACUUGGUUGCGCCAAAGUAACUUGCGAUAAUAAUGCGGGCACUUUUAUUAUUUGCAGUUAUGAUCCUGCUGGUAACAUCGUUGGCGAAAAGCCUUACUAAUACAAAUGAUGAUAUUAUUGUUGGUGGAAAUUCAGUACAGUCGACUUUACGUGAAAUUAAUAGUUGAGAGUCAUUAGAUGAAAAUUUAGUUAAAUCAAUCAAAUUAUCUAACGGUUCUCAGUUAUCAACUUCACGUGAAGUCGACUGCAUCUGAGUUUUCACCAUUAUUGUUAUGUCGUCUAUUUAAACUUUGAAUUGAUAUAAUACUGAUGCCAGUAUGAGUUCUUAAUUGUUAUUGAUUAAGAAGGUUGAUUUAGCAGUAAUAAGGCAAUAAUAAAAUCAUGAUGAAUUUAUGUGUCAAGGCUAGUUAUAUUAUCAGUUCAUCAUGUAUUACUCUUGUAGUGAUAUUCUUCCAUGUAAUAUGUUGGUAAAUCAGGUCAUAGCUCGCAUAAUUUGCACUCAUGAAAAUUGUAUGUGGUGUGUGUAAUGUUAAUUAUAAGUUAAAUA